UAGAACUGUGCGCCGGUCUGUGCUGGUAAAAUACGCACGUUUAGUGAGUUUUGUUUACUUGUUUGUUUGUUGCCGUACUUCGGAGAUGUGCACGAAGACGAGGGCUGCGGUGCUCAUGGCGAACAUCCCGCCGGCUCACAUCGACACGUCCGGCGUCUUUAAGUACGUGUUGAUCCGGAUCCACAGCCGAGAGGAGGGCGACGACUCUGAGGUGGACAUCGUCCGAGGCUACGGCUGGGCCGAGUACCACGCUGAUAUAUUUGACAAGGUCUCAGAGGAGCUGGAAAAAGGCGGACUCCUGGAUUGUGAGUGCAUUGGUGGAGGAAGGAUCCGACAUCAACCAGAAUCCAAGAAGAUCCACGUCUACGGAUACUCCAUGGGGUUUGGACGAGCGAACCAUGCAGUGGCUACUGAGAAACUGAAGAGCGUGUAUCCUGACUACGAGGUGACCUGGGCGAAUGAAGGGUACUGAACUAAGACCAG